UCGCUAGGGACCUAGGCUAGCUUGCCAGCUGUAACAUGUUAGCUAGUUGGAAAACGGUUUCGUUGUUGCUAUCUAGUCAUUUAGCUUAUUAUUAUUAUUAUUAUUAUGGUCGCUGAUCUGUUUCGCUAGGUAAUAUGUUUGUCGAUUCAGUGAAUGUAUUGUUAAAGUUAGCUUGCCAAGAAACUCUGAGCUAGCCAUUUUGUAACGUAAAUGUUAACUUGUAUUUCGCUAACGUCAGAGUUGGUUUAUAAAGGUGUUAAAUGGCUUUAACUUCGUUUUAAUAUGUACUUGUUGGAUGUAUAGCGUCAACUUGCAAGCUACAAACGCCUGUCGCAUAACCUUUCCUCGCUAGCACUUGUUUAAACUUUUGUGUGAUCAUCAGUCGUUGCUUGGUUUGUCAGCCUUUUUGCCUUUAUUGAAUGCAUUAUCGACCCAAUUUGAUCAAUUGUUAUUGACAACAGUUGAGUAAUUUCUUGGUUUAGAUGACAGACCCCACUUAAGGUGCUUCCAGUCCUUUCUGUUGAAGGUAGCUAACGUUAAGUUCAGAGUUGAAAAUGGACAACUUGACUCUACUGGAGGCCUCGUGUCUUUCUCCAAUGAGCAACAUCACAUCACCCUUGGAUUUCACCCUGCUCACACCCUCCCAACUGGGUAUCUCCACUCAAAGCUUCACGCCAUCUUCUAACGUCAAAGGUAAUUCAGACAGAAGAAAAAAAUCUUGCCUAGCUCAGCUGAAGGUGAAGCGGAGGUCCAAUGUUGGGGUACGGAGUUCACCAGAGACCAACUCCCUAAUCCGCUACAUUGCCCAACAAAGGAUGAAAACUCCCCCCACAACACCACAGGAUACCCAAGCCAUCCCCUUCUUUCCCAGAGUCCCCUCUACUCUAAAGCAGAAGAUGGCCAUCUUCCAGAGCAUUAUGAAUGUGGAGGAGAAUGAGGAUCACACGUGGGGAUGCAUCAAGACAAGAGAUGUUCUGUCUGGUGGUCAGUCUGCUUCAAUUUUGUGGUACAAUGAUUCCCUACACUAUUCACUGCUUGUUUUCUCAAUCAACACACUGGUGGGUGGGUGGAGCUGUGAUAGUGGUGGGAAGGAGAACAUGUCCCCAGUGAGCCAGCAUCCCUCUCUGACUUCCCCACCCAGUAAGAGGUGCUGCACAGCACGCACUCUGGGGGAGUGUGUGGAGGAGAUUAGGGAGGCCACCACUCCUGUCCUCAAACGCACUGCCACCAUAUUGAAGCAGCAACAGAACACGGAGGUUGCAGUUGUCCAGGACAAGGACCAUCAGCCAGCUCUCAAUGUAGAACCUGCUAGUGUGUCUCUGUCACCAGCCCUGGGUACUGAUGCUGUGUCCCAGAUCACCCAGGGCAAGCCACAGCCCUCUCCUAUGAUGCAGCAGCACUGCACUCCCACCAAGGAGGAGCAGGACCAGGAGUGCUCUUUUGAACUGCACAGCCCCAGCCAACCUCUGGUUUUGCAUUCAGGACAAGUCAGGACAACUCUGCCCCAGCUGUUUGCCAUGCCAUCUCUUUUGGAGAUGAACCCCACUGAUGAAGCUGAUGGUGGCAACGUUAACUCCACUAUGAAGAAGCAGGUGCGUUUCGGGAUCCUGCUGCCCCCUGAACUCUUUGACAAGAACCUUCCCCCCAGCACCCCUCUACGGAAGGGGGGAACCCCGGUCCGCGCCCCAACAUCUGCCGGGGGGUCCCAGCUGAGGUCACUGCUGAAGACCCCCUUAACCCUGCCCCGGCCGGACUUCAGCAGCCCCUCUUUAACUGGAGCCUCCCCACCCCUCGCUAUGGGACCCUGCUGUGGGGAACAGGAGAGCACCCACACUCAGGGAAAGAUCCCUUUCCCUUCAAUGGAAGAAGAUGUUGACAGUUCAUGGAUGGACAAUGCAGAGCUGGAGACUGGACCUCUGGAUCUGACAUCAGCUUUUCAAGAGGAGGACUCUGUUUGUGAGGAAAUGUCAGAUGCUGCCCCAGUGCCUGACCCUGCCCUGGAGCCAGAACCAGCCGCCACAGCCCGCUCUCGCAGCAGAAAGAGAAAGCAACCAGAGGAGAAGAGUGAGCCUGUGAAGAAGAGGUCGUCUCGUACGGCUGCCAAGUCUGCCUGUGGGAGGAUGAAGAACUCAGCAAAGCAUUUCUUUGGGAAGAAGGCGGUGGACCGUUCUCUCUAUGGGAAGAGAGACUAUGCAUCCAAGAACCCUACCCUCAGUCCCAUCACGGAGAUCCAGUCCUCCCUUAGCCACUCUCCUCAACACCCCCACAACUGCAAACCCAUAGAAGACACCACCCCAGCUGCAGAGCCCUCUGAUGGGCCUUCAGUAGACUGCCAGAGCCCUGUAGGCUCCACCACCACAGACAGCUCUGGGACUGGAAGAGCAGCACAGAUCUGGAGAAGAUGGUCAGGUCCAACAAAGACCUCCAGAACCAAAAGGCAGAGUGUUAUUAGAGUAGGUAGAGGGAAGGGCAGGAAGGUCAGUGUUCCUGUUGAUAACUGGCUGAGUGAAGAGACCGAGGAGCAGGUAAAGAACUUUGAUACAGAACAAGACCCAACAGAAACAACCCAGCGAGAGGUUUUAGUGUCCAGCCCAGCCAAGCACACAGUACCUGGUAACAGAGAGGGUGAACCUAAUACACACUGUACCUCAGACCCUGUAGAUACAGAUCAAUGCACUGGCACACUUCCAGAUGCAGGUAGGAGUGGGGAUAGUCCAGCUAGAGCAGACACUGAUACUACUACACCCUGCCCUCCUCCAGAUGAGGUUAGCACCACAGUGGCUCCCUCAGAGCAGAAGGCAGUGAGCCAUGUAGAACAGAGUCCAAACAAAGGCGGGCAGAGAGGAGCAGCUCAGGGCCCAGGCCGCUCCAGAGGUAGAAGGAGUUCUAUAUACGCCAGCUCAGUCAUAGAGGAGGAGCAGCUCAGGGCCCAGGCCGCUCCAGAGGUAGAAGGAGUUCUAUAUACGCCAGCUCAGUCAUAGAGGAGGAGCAGCUCAGGGCCCAGGCCGCUCCAGAGGUAGAAGGAGUUCUAUAUACGCCAGCUCAGUCAUAGAGGAGGAGCAGGCUUCCCAGCCAAAUGGGCCACAGGCAGUGGAGAAUGAUAACCAUGGGUCCGGAAUGGAGCUGGGUAACGUUAUAGAACAGGCCUCCACCUCCUACCCAGACUCCCUCCUUCCCCUUUGGGCACAGAAGGAGUUCAACAUUGAUGAUGUGCUAAGGCCUCUCCCCUGCAGGGGGCAUCAGUCUGUCCGCCGCAGCCUGAGGAACCAGAGCAGCACCCUGGAGGCCUCUGGCCUGGCUACCCCACACCUCUCCGGACUCCAUUAGUGCUGUCUGCAGGAAGACCAGGCGCAGACGCAGCUCCAUCCAUGCUCUACUACACCCUCCCCUGGAAGAAGUGAAUCACACUGACCUAUGAGCCACUCCAAUGCUAGCCUGUACACUGGCUGUGAAUGAAAUGGCACCCUAUUCACUACGAAGGUCCUUAUUUCCACCUGCUUUUGAUAGCUAUUGAUUGUUGUGAGUUUUAUAAAGCACUGUUUUUGUUUUUAGUAAUUAAGUAGUAUAAAUAGAACAAGAUCUACCUUUUAAUGUGAUUUAACAAGUUUGGCAGUUGUCAUUUACCAAGGCUCAUGGGAGUAGGAGAUGUACAGACCGUGCAUCUUUUACUCUUUGAAUGUGUACCUCCUGUAUUCAUUAAAUAAAAUGGGGCUCCUCAAACUAUUAA